AUGAACGUUGUCGACUGUCGUCCGGAAUCGAAACCCAGGGUGGCUGAUCUGGGAUUCUGGCCGACGGCCGAGCGUUUCCUCAGACGCUGGAUGACGCCCCGAUGCAAUGGCCCACGGCCUAUCGACGAUUUUGAGAGCCGCGCGGACGUCAGCUCCGGCGCCGCCAAGUAUCGCCGUGUCAUCGCCAAGAGGCCGUUUCUCGCCUUUGGUCUCCCCUUCCUCAUCGUCAUCGUUGCCGGCUCUUUCGUUCUCACGCCCGCUACUGCCAUCCGCUACGAGAAGCAUGACCGCAAGAUCAGGCAGCUGUCCAAGGAGCAGGAGCUCAACGUGCGCAAAAACCCGCGCAAGGUCGACUGGCGCGACGAGUAUCAGAAACUACGAGCGGACAAGGAUCUCGAUAACUGGCAGCAAAAGCGGGCUGAGCGCCUUCCCGGCGAGCCCGACGGCAAGUUGUAA